UCAAGUCACCACCAAAAUUUCGCAGAGUCGGUCACCCAGGAAAAAAAACUAUACGAUGCACUACAUCGGCUCCGAUCAUCAUCAACGGUCAGACUCCGAUCAACAACUCCGGGACCGGCAAUACUUAACAUGCUCACAAGGCCAUACUUCGUCUCUGAUACUGCAAACCUUAGAAGGCGGAUCCAUCUGCUUAGUCUGUCUAUCCAAUCUUAUCUCAAAUCCUAAUUCCCCUACCAUUCACGUCUCUUACGCCCUCUCUCAGCUCUCUCAGGCCAUCUCUCAACCUCCUUUCCUCCAUAAUCUCCUCACUUUCCAUCCUCAUUUUCUCGUUUCUCCUCUCAUAACUGCCCUUUCUUCUUUGGAAGACGAGCCCCUCGCCAAACAGACGAUUGAUUUGAUUUCCGAAUUGUGCAGCUCUGGUGAUUCUUCAAUUUACAGUGAGUUUGUUGCUAGGGUUUCGGAUCGAUUGUCUUCUGGUUCCUUAGCUUGGAGCAGGCGUCAAAUAUAUAUGCUACACUGCUUAGGUGUUCUAUUGGACAAUCAGAAGAAUGAUCCAUACACCCAUAUCAAAGAAAGAGAUGAGCUUAUUCUGAACCUAGUAACAGGUCUUCAGUUGCCUAGUGAAGAGAUCCAAGGCGAGAUCCUAUUUGUUCUUUACAAAAUAUGUGGCAUCCAACAAGCUUUCAAAGCUAAUAGCAAUGUUGAUGUCUUAUAUGUCCAUUCUUCAAAGAUCUUACAUUUGGCAUUAGAAGUCCUCUUGAAGACCCAACGAGAUGAUGUUCGCUUGAACUGUGUAGCGCUAUUAUCCGUGCUUACACGCAAAGGGUUCUUCGAAAAUGCAUUCGAAAAUGAAGAAACCGAAUACCCUGAAGCAGACAACUCCAUGGAAACAACUGACCAUGAACAAGAAAAAACUCCUCUGAAUCUCUUGUUUGCAGAAGCCAUAAAAGCACCUCUUCUUUCUUCAGAUUGUGAAGUUCAAACUGCCACAUUGGAUUUAAUUGUCCUGUACUUGUCUUAUGGAGGUGUUUCAAGAAAAGAUGUCCAAGUUCUAGUUGAGGAGAACAUUGCUGACUAUGUCUUUGAAAUUUUAAGAUUGUUGGGGUGCAAAAAAGAUUCUCUUGUCAGCUUAUCCCUACAAGUUCUUGAUCUCAUGUCAGUAGCAGAGGAGGCUUUCAAACAAAGACUUGCUAUUGGUUUCACAACUCUUAUUCCUGUUCUUCAUCAUGUUGCUGAAGUCCCUUUUCAUCCUGCUCAAUCUCAAUCACUAAAACUUAUAUCAGAAUGCAUUUCAAAUUGUCCUGGAAUCAUUUCAAGUUUCAACAAUGAAGAAAUCAGUCUUAUAAUGUCAGGGAUGCUGAAGAGACAUGUUGAUGGGGAUGCCAACAUGCUUCCAGAAACAUUCACCCUGGUAUGCUCACUCCUUGUAGCUCUCAUUAAGUCUCCAUCUUGUCAUGGACCUCUUAAUAUUCCCAAAUCACUACAACACAUAUCAAGAUACACCAUUGCAAUUUGCUUGAGCUUUUAUGGGGAAGAUUCUAGUCAAAUGCUACACUCACUUUACUUACUAAAAGAAACAUAUGAAUACAGUUUACAAGGGAAUUACACAGAGUUACGUGACUGUAUAUUAGACAUAUGUGAAACCAAUCUUUUGCCUUGGGUUUCCAUGAACAUUAAUGAGAUCGAUGAGGAUAUAACUUUAGGUGUUCUUGAGAUUUUUCACUCGAUACUGACUCACUCUGAAUUCCAACCUAAAGACUUUGUAGAUGCUUUGGUUUCAUCUUCUUGGUUUAGUUUUUUAUUCGGAUGUUUAGGGCUUUUUCCCACAGAGAAGAUGAAAUGGAGAGUUUAUAUCUUAUUGGGAUCUAUCUUGAAUGUGAUUCUUGGAAAUGAAUGUGGGGAAUACAUCAAAGGUGUUGCUUUGCAUCUCCCAUCUGAUCCUAUUGAUUUGUUGUUUCUUUUGGGGCAAAAGGGAUCUCAUAAUCAACAAAUUUUCUCUUGCCAAUCUGCUGUUCUGUUGAUUCUUUACACCAGCUCCUUGUAUGAUGACAGGCUUGCAGAUGAUAGGAAGGUGUUAGCUUCUUUGGAGCAAUAUAUUUUACUCAACAAAUCUCAGCUUUUGAAUAAUGGAGUUGUCAAACUCAAACCACUGAUUUUGGAACUCCUUGUAAAUCUUUAUGGUCUUUAUAGAGGUCUAGCCAAAGUAAGCUACCAAAUACCAUAUAGCCCAGAUGCCGAAAAUACCCUUUUCCUUAUUAUCUCACAAAAACACAUCCACUUUCUCUCUAGAAGAAUCCACUCCACAUCAUUAAAAUGGCUGUUUCAACAAGAAAGAAUCUCUCAAUAUCUGUCUGAUCAGAUUCUAAGAUGGUGUAGACGAUAUUUCAUUUAUGGAAACAACCAGAUUCUUGUGUCGAAUCAUGACACAGUAAAAUUCAGACAACUUGCUGAGCUGGCAGCAUCUGAAGACAACUAUGCAGCCAAAUUACUUGUGUGUUUGUUGCGAGAGGUUGUUGAAGAAACCAGACAAGAAGAUGAUAUUGUUUUAUUGCUAAACAUGAUUUCAUCAAUCGUUGCUUUGUUUCCAUCUUCUUCAAGGGAAUUUUGCUUAAAUGGAAUAUCCCCUGCAAUCAAGUCUCUUUAUUCCCAACAUUCUUGUGGAGAGAUAUUAAAUCUUACUUCUGAAUUGGUUUUUACAAUAUUACAUUCGAUUGAACCGGAACCGGAAUCGGAAUCGGAAUCACUUUCCGAUGAUGAAGCCUGGAAUGGAAUAGCAACAGAGCUGAUACACUACUUGAUCUCCACAAUUACUAACAAUGGGUUCACUCAAGAAGCUCUCCUUGUAAUGGGGAUUCUUUCUUUAAUCUUGUAUCACUCACUUCACCAAAACCUUCUAGAAGCAUCCAAGACUAUUCUUUUGAACACUCAAUUGAUCUCAUUGGUUAACAAAAUGAUCCAUGAAGCUUGUUUAAAAGGACCCGCAUUAAUUGAUCAUGAUGAGGCAACACAAACCGGAGCAGGCCUCAUUUUUUUGCUCUUUUUAAACUACUUUUCUCACAGAAGUGUGCAUGUUAUUCUACCAGGGAUUGAAGAUGUAGAAAGCUUAGUUAACAGCGACAAGAAAACCCAACACUCAUCAUUAUUCUAUAUCAACAUUCAUUCCCACGACUUAUGCAGACUCUUACAUUUCGGGUCAACUCCAGUCAAACUAAUAUCUUCAUUCUGCCUACUCCAACUAUUCCAAACAAUCACACAACAAAAAACAAAAUUGCUACUCAAAGAUAAUAUACGUUCCAUAACCUCGAUCCUACAAGGCUUAAUUUUCCACAGCGAUGUUACAAUCGCCAUGAAUUGUGGUCUCUGUAUAUCAAUGGUGAUCGAUUGGGAAAAACAGGAUGAUACUGAUACCCGAUUUGUUGAAAAGGAUAAUUGGUGUCGAUUAAUAACCGAAGAACUGGUGAUGAGUUUGGCUGUUCCAAAUUUGGCGUCGAAAUCGAUCAUGAUUCAUCACAAGCCGGCGGUUUAUGUAGUCGCGUCGAUGUUAGAAUUGCAGAAAGUUCCAUCUCCAUGGAUGUCGGAUGUGUUUGAUGAUUCGUGUAUAAAUGGAAUCAUUCGAAACCUUUCGUCGAGUAACAUAACACGUGAGAUCGUGUUAUUAUUUCGACGACUUUUGCAAUCGGGGUACCUUAACUCCAAGCAUAUCGCUUGCCUCAAUCAGCUUUUCCAGGGUUGCAGGAAACGAGUUUACUCAGAUGACACUGGAGAUGCUGACACAGAAGAGAAGAAGAAGAAGAAGAUGGUUGUUUUUGCAGAGGAUCCAGCUGGACAUGUUUAUGAGACCAUCGAGAUAUGAAGAGUAACAUAUCUUUGACCGAAUCAAAUCCAUCAUGUGAAAUUUCACACCAAGAUAAGAUCGAGUUCAUGACAACCUUCGCCACUGGGCAUAAGAGAAGGAUGCAAUUGCUCGUCUCUUCAUCCAAGUUGUAUGAACCACAAAUGGUCGAUGCCACUGGAACACCCCUUACUAACGAAACAGGUGAUGAAAUUUUGUCAAGCUUUGCUCUCCAGAUAAAGCAUAAGAUCUUAUUCGGUAUUACUUUGCACCAUUCAAACGGACCAUCACAGACGAUGUGACUCGCUAUUUCAAUCCGUUCACGUAACGAUCUUACCGAAAAAUGGUUAUCAACCACAAAGUUAGAAGCCCAACAAUCAUCAUUUUGGCUUUCCAAUAUACAAUUUUCUUUGGAAUCAAUGUUGAAUUUUUUUUAGCGCGGUUCUGAUUUUGAUUAUAUUUUUCCAUACCCUCGAUCUAGAUCUCUUAAAAGCACUAUAUUUACAAUUGAUAACACCGGCCAAUUUGACACCUACCACCACUCAUUUAAAUGUGAUAUUAAUAAUUUCAUUUUUAAACUCCCAUGUUUUUUUUUUUUUUUUUUUUUUUUUUUUUUUUUGUAAGGAUUAGCUUUAGAAACAACUAUCUUUGUUAAUAUAUUAACAAAUUUGUCAUGUAUGCAUUUUUAAAUAAACUAUACUAACAUUAAUGUUAGUUGAAUUUAUAUAUAAAAACAAAAAUUAAGGAUUAAAAUUUUCGGGUAUCCGAAAUGCUAUCCGGAUUUAUAUCAUGGAUUCUAAUUGUAAAAUCCACUACUCAGAAUUUUUGGAUAUCUGAAAUUCGUAUAUGAUCCCCAUAUAUAUAUUUCCUUGUGUCUGAGAUCAAACUUGUCAUACAUACAAAUACAAAUGUACACUAUGCCACCACUUAACUGGAUUAUAUAAUAGUUUAAAUUCCCAUAGACACUCGUGUUUAUUCAAGAUACACUAAAUGGUUGGUGAUACUAAAAUCACCAACAUACACCAUGCCUACCCUAAAACGUUUAAGAAACCUGUGCUUUCCUUCCACAUCUUUCGAUAUGAGACACUCCUAGUGUUCUUUUAUUUACCAUCCGGAAAAUUUAGUUAUAUCAGACAAUCAUAUAUGUAUUAUUUCAACUGUCUUUUUAAUUUAUGUGACUAUUCUAUAUAGAGGGUAAUGUUAAUACUUAUAUCUAUAAAUGGUAACAUAUCAACUUCUUUUGGAGUGUGAUUUGUUUCUCUCCUUUUGGUUAGUAAAGAUGCGGGGUAAUCAUAAGAUUUUUAGAUGUUUUCACAAAUGACCGUAUUGGCAGUUUCAAUUAUAUUUUUAUUCAGAGCAAGAUACGGAGAAACUCAUAACGUUUUCAUUUGUUUUUAGUUUAUGAUCAUGCAUUGUAUUUUAUUUAUCUUUGCAUGAAUUUGAUUUGAGUUUAAAUUAUAUUGGAAGUUUCAAGAUACAGCGAAGUCUGUAUGAAGUAUGUAUUUUCUUUAUCUUUGUAUGAAGUAUUUAUUUGAGUUUAAGUUGUAUUGGAAGUUUGAACAUGAUUUGUAUAUUAUGUUUAUCGGCAUAAAAUUUGGAAGGUGUAAAAGUUUUAUUAUGUAUUUUGAUUAUAUGUGUGUGAGUUCCAAAAAGAUUAUUUGAAUAUUUGAUAAAAAAUCCAUGUCAUUCAUAAGAGGUUUCAUCUUUAUGUAUUGUUUGUUUUAAAUGUCAAGUGUCAAAAGAAUUCGGAAACAAUGACUUAGAGUGAAUUUAUUAGAAGACUACUUUUGGAAGUCGUAAGAGUGGGACAUAUCAUUUGAUAAUUUAUACUAUGGUUGUUUGAUAUGUAGAUUGUCACCCCAAAGUUGUGUAUUUAAUUUUAAAUAAGGUUUUAGAUAAAACGGUAUAUUUGUAAACUCAUGAUUGUAUGUCAUAAAGUUGUAACAAAAUAGCUUAUAAAUAAUUAAAGUUUGGGGUGUCAUAAUUACCCUAGGUUCAAAGCCAUAUUUUUCAACUUAUUCACUAAAUA